GGGCUGAGACAGAGAGGCUGCAGGCAAAGGGACGGAUGUAGACAGGCUUUGGCAGGACGACUCUCAGGCAACUUUUCACCCACUUUUAUCUUCUAAUCUUUGGUCAUCUUUUCGCGCCGCUGGAGAUUUACAACAGCUUGACAUGUCUCUCAUCCUGACUGUGCUGGACAAGCUGGCGUACUUUCUGUCUCUGAUAGCGUUUUGUGUCAGUGUGUCUUAUAGCUGGCUGAAAUGAGACUAGAUUCUUCCUUUAAAUCCACGAGCUCUGAUAAUGACUGGGUGUUUUUUCAGUAGAUAUUUAACAAAUGAUGCUGAGGUUUUGGGGGUUUGAGGUAGGAUGCUUUUAACCUGCGGACACCUGACGCCUUUGUGUGUAACUGACGACAGUGAUCUCUUUGCCAAAGACCAUGAUGCUGCAGCGGUGCAUCCUGAGGUCGUACCAUGUCCUCGCCCUGGUGCUGUGUGUGUCAGCCAGGGAGGACUUUGACUGGACGAAGAACGAGAGGACGUCCUUCUACUACGGCACCUUCCCAACUGGUUUCUCGUGGGGAGCCGGCAGCUCUGCCUAUCAGACUGAAGGAGCUUGGAACAUAGAUGGAAAAGGAGUGAGCAUCUGGGACGCAUUCGCCCACAAACAGGGGAAAAUAUUCUCAAAUGACACAGGAGACACGUCGUGUGAGGGCUACUACAAAUUCAAGGACGACGUGACCUUGAUGAAGGACAUGAAGCUGAAUCAUUAUCGUUUCUCCAUCUCCUGGCCGAGGAUUUUACCAAGCGGACUGAAAAGUGAACACAUCAACGAGAAAGGAAUCAAGUAUUACGAUGACCUGAUCAACAUGCUGCUGGACAAUAAGAUCACACCCAUUGUUACUCUGUACCACUGGGAUUUACCGCAGAUGUUACAGGAGAAGUAUGGCGGCUGGCAGAACGUCACCAUGGUCAACUACUUCAACGACUUUGCCAACUUGUGCUUUGAAAGAUUUGGAAACAAAGUGAAGUACUGGAUCACUUUCAACAACCCGUGGUCCAUCGCUGUGGAGGGAUAUGAAACAGGGGAACAUGCUCCCGGACUGAAGCUGAAGGGAACCGGAGCUUACAAAGCCGCCCACCACAUCAUCAAGGCACAUGCUAAAGUUUGGCACACGUAUGACAUGCAGUGGCGAAGCAGACAAAAAGGCCUGGUUGGGAUCUCGCUGACGGCUGACUGGGGGGAACCAGUGGACAUCACCAACCAGAGGGACAUCGAAGCAGCAGAGAGGUACAUCCAGUUCUACAUGGGAUGGUUCGCUACCCCCAUCUUCAAUGGAGACUACCCCCAGGUUAUGAAAGAUUACAUCGGCAGGAAGAGCGGCCAGCAGGGCCUGGGAGCUUCACGGCUGCCCGUCUUCUCGCCUCAGGAGAAGAGUUACAUCAAAGGAACCUGUGACUUCCUGGGCCUCGGACAUUUCACCACCCGCUACAUCACCCUGAAGAAUUACCCAUCGGGCCUCGGAGAUAGCUUCUUCGCGGAUCGUGACCUCGCUGAGCUGGUUGACCCACGAUGGCCUGACCCGGGCUCUGAAUGGCUCUACUCUGUUCCCUGGGGCUUCCGACGCUUGUUGAACUUUGUCAAGACUCAGUAUGGAAACCCGAUGAUCUACGUGACAGAAAACGGCGUGUCAGAGAAAAUGAUCUGCACCGACCUCUGUGACGACUGGAGGAUGCAGUACUUCAAAGAUUACAUCAAUGAAAUGCUCAAAGCGAUGAAGGACGGGGUGAAUGUGAAGGGUUACACCGCCUGGUCUCUCCUGGACAACUUUGAGUGGGAUGAAGGAUACUCCGAGAGGUUCGGACUCUACUACGUCGACUUCAGGAACAAAAAUAAACCACGCUACCCGAAGGCCUCUGUCCAGUUCUAUAAACGCAUCAUCAGCUCCAAUGGCUUCCCCAAUCAGAGAGAGGUGGAGAGUUGGAAGAGGAAAGCCGUAGAGACCUGCUCCUCCAGUAACCAGCUCCUGGCUGCAGAUCCGCUGAUAGGCCACAUGGAGAUGGUGACAGAGAUCGUGGUUCCCUGUGUGUGCACGCUCUGCAUCCUCCUCAGUGCAGUCUUCCUCAUGUUCCUAAUGCGUGGACGCAACUGAGGGCACACACACACACACACACACAUGAAUCUGAGAGUGACUUCAAAGCUGUAAAACUUUAUCCUGUCGAGAGCAUUUUGUUGAUUUAACUGUCCUGCUGUUCUGUUUUGAAUAAACACUUUUUUUCCAGGUUGUCACUAUAGAGUCAAAUCAGCCGGUACCUGUCACAGCUCUGGAAGAAUUAAUUCAAGCUUGGUAUAUUACUAUUAUUAUUAAUAUUUAAUUAUUUUUUAACAAACUGGCCUUGUGUGGUUUUUGACGUAGCUCAGGUUUUGUAGGCUACUCAAACUAACUGCAGAGAGGAGAUGGUUUAUUGUCAACAAGUUUGUAAAAUUAAGAAAUAAGAGUGAUGGAAAAUAAAGUGUUGUACUCUCUGUGGAUCAUGAACUUCAAUUAAAUCAAUUUUUAAGACUUAAA